GAUACAAUCUCACAGAAGUCAGUAGAUAUUCAUGAUUCUAUUCAGCCUCGAUCUUCAGAUGGACGUCCGUAUCAACCCAGCGCAGGGUCCACAGUAGGUGAAGAAAUGAGUAAAACCAGGCCAACAGCAAAAUUUCCAGAACAGAAGUUAUUUGCUGCACUUUUGAUCAAAUGCGUUGUACAACUGGAACUCAUUCAGACUAUCGACAAUAUUGUGUUCUUCCCAGCAACUAGCAAAAAAGAGGAUGCAGAGAAUCUAGCAGCAGCACAAAGAGAUGCAGUAGACUUCGAUGUCCAUGUGGAUACACAAGAUCAAGGGAUGUAUCGUUUUCUAACAUCACAGCAGCUUUUCAAACUUCUCGAUUGUCUGCUGGAAUCUCACAGAUUUGCUAAAGCAUUUAAUUCAAACAAUGAACAAAGAACUGCUCUCUGGAAAGCAGGUUUCAAAGGCAAAUCAAAGCCUAAUCUUCUGAAACAGGAGACUAGUAGUCUUGCCUGUGGGUUGCGCAUUCUGUUCCGUAUGUACAUGGAUGAAAGCCGUACCAGUGCAUGGGAGGAAGUCCAGCAAAGACUACUAAAUGUCUGCAGUGAGGCUCUGAGUUAUUUCCUCACUCUUACAUCAGAAAGUCAUCGGGAAGCCUGGACUAAUCUAUUACUCUUAUUUUUGACUAAAGUCCUGAAGAUAAGUGAUGAAAGGUUCAAGGCUCAUGCCUCAUUUUACUAUCCUCUGUUGUGUGAAAUUAUGCAGUUUGACCUUAUUCCUGAACUUCGAGCCGUUCUACGAAGGUUUUUCCUGCGGAUUGGUGUGGUUUUCCAAAUAUCCCAACCACCAGAACAAGAGUCUGGAAUAAGCAAGCAGUAGCAGAUAGUGACUGAGUAUUGCUCGGUUUAAAAGUUUAUAUUCCUCAGCUAAAUAAAAGGGCCAGGUAGCUGAGCCAUUCUGUCUGGAUAUCCAUAAAAAUGGUUUCUUUGUAUGGCAAUGUGUAUCCAAGGGUUAAUGGUACAGAUGCUUACAACUGUAAUUAAGGCUUGCAACACUCCAGUCCCUUUAUUUCCUGAUGGAUUAUCUCUAUCGGUUUCUCUUACCUGGCUCAUGCUGAGCACAGAGCCAGUUUUUAGCACAGUCCUCUUUUCAGCAUGGGCUGCAAUAUCCUUUACUGUCCUAGACAGCAGUAUAGCAACAGAUGUUUAUGGCGGGUGUGAAAGUAAAAUGUACCCAAAGAACUAUAUAUGUAAAGGUUUGAGCUUCUGCAAGAAGUACAACUCAGGAGAGCUGUAUUUUGAAGGAUAAAAUGUUUAUAGUGAAAAGAAAAUGGAGAUUAUUGUUCAUGGUAAAAGAUAUUUAGCAACUAUGUCUGAUAUUCUUAUUCUAAGAUUUUUGCACACUCAGGCUGUCUGAGACAUUGGUAAUCAUCCUUCUGUGAAAAAUGUACAGAGAUGCAGGUCUGUAAUAUAAACUCUUUAACACUAUACAGUUCUUCCUGAAUUGUUUUAUUUCUGUAUUAUUGAUUUGCUGAAAACCCAUAACACUUCAUUGUUUACCAAAUGCACUAGAAGUUUGGGUUUAUGUUUUUUGGGUUGUGAUUUUUUUCUUUUUUUCUUUUUUUUUUUUUUGUUUUAUUUUGUUAUAGCCAAGAAGUUAGUGUUGCUGACUUUUGUCAAGAACAGAGGUAGAAAUAUCAUGACUGACUUAACUACCUGUAAUAUACUUGUUUUAGGGCUUUUAACUAUAAGGAGCCAUUGAAAUGAUGAUCCUUCAAGGACUGGAACUUGAAUCACUGCAAACAAGUCUAGGUUGUGUCUGCUGUCAGAUGUUUUUUGUUUGAUGUAGAUUUCACUCUUAUGUACAGAAUUUAAUGUUGAAUAUAUUCAAGUAACAAAUCUGGCAUGGUUUGGGGAUGGUUAAAUUUAUUGGAAAUGUAUUCAUACUGUGAAUUGUGCUCUGAUGGUUAAAAGACAAGAUUGUCAAGCAUUCUGUAUUACAAUGGAUGUAGAAAUUUUUUUCAGAUGGACAAAAUGUAUAUGGUACAGAUAUGUAAAGUUUUCUAUGUAAAAAAAAAUUCUGUACAACUUUCUGUACAAUAUUUGGUUCUCAUCUGGCAUAUUCUAAUCAGGUUAUAGGUCAAUAAAGUUUUUGAACUCUU